AUGCCCUCGUCGCACCCAUCAUCGGCAUGCGCUACGCAUGGCUCGGUAGUAGAUUCGACUCUACCAGAGUGCCGUGGUUACAACGUCGAUGCUAUAUGCUCUAACUCAGAGCAGAAUGGUUCCGGUAACGAUACUUCCACCACCGCCAAACCGGAAGAAACUUCAAACUCCUCCGUAAGCCAAACCGAGUACUCUGCUUCUCGAUUAGCAGCCUUUCUCGAGGACGACGACGAUUCUCAAGUACUGCACCCACACACGUCGACUGAAGCAAGUAUCCGCAGCCACACGAGUCGCAUGGCCGCCUGCCUCGAUGACUUUGAAGCAACUAUGAAGAAAGGAUGA